UCCGUGCGGACGCUUGUGGCGGCGGGACGGGUGGGUGGAAGCGGCGGCGAGUGUGAAUGGGUGGCGCCCAUGCGGGGCAACGGAGACGGAGACACAGAGAGAGACAGAGAGAGAACGGGCAGCGGCAGGUCCAACUCAACAUCAAAAAGAGGAUAUUUAUGAUUACGACUCUGUACUGCUGUCUGUGGGUCUUGCCACCAUUAUCCUUUGAUCCAGAAGAUUGUGGAUUUAAAUCCUACUCCACCGAUGUCAACAAUCUAGUUUGGCACCCAGUGUUGUACUGAGAUUAUGCUGAAGUAUGAGAUGAAAUGUUAAACCAAGAAGGAAAAAUGUAAUCAUGCUUAGCCGUACUGAGAUUAGUCCAUGAUCUAGUACGUUCUGAAAACAUUUAGAAUGUCCACAGAUUAAGUAUGUGAACUUUCCAGUGAUGUAUACGUGUAUUUGGCAGCUAACUACAAAUCAAACAAUCGGCCUAAAGCAACCUUGCUUGGUUGCAUUGGUACACAUAGGAAUAGCUUUUCUGUAGCUUGCAGUUUUGCUGGUGGUUAUUGCGGGGAAAAACAAACAUGUCUGUUCAUGGUCUGGAAACCGACCAUCCUAACUUCUUUCUCGGACCUGAAAAUACAGAGUUAUUGCAGCAAAUGAAACAUGAAAUAUUUGACGACUUUGAUCAGGAUGAAGAAUAUGAUUCUCCACCAGAAAGACAGAUUGUUGUCGGGAUCUGUGCCAUGUCCAAGAAAUCCAAGUCCAAGCCAAUGAGUGAGAUUAUGGAACGACUUUGCAAAUUUAAAUACAUAACUACUGUGAUAUUUGAAGAAAGCACUAUUCAAAAUGAGCCAGUGGAAAGAUGGCCACUUUGUGAUUGCCUCAUCUCUUUCCAUUCAAAAGGAUUUCUUUUGGACAAAGCAGUGGCCUAUGAAAAGCUCAGAAAUCCAUUUGUUAUUAAUGAUUUGAACAUGCAAUAUGACAUUCAAGACAGGAGGGAAGUGUAUCGGAUCUUGAAAGAGGAAGGGAUUGAGCUGCCACGUUAUGCAAUUUUAAAUCGAGAUCCAGAUAAACCUGAAGAAUGCAGUUUAAUUGAGGGUGAAGAUCAUGUAGAGGUCAAUGGAGAUAUCUUUCAAAAACCAUUUGUUGAGAAGCCAGUAAGUGCAGAGGACCACAAUGUUUACAUUUAUUAUCCAACAAGUGCUGGAGGGGGAAGCCAAAGACUCUUUCGAAAGAUUGGAAGUAGAAGCAGCGUCUAUUCUCCUGAAAGCAAUGUCCGAAAAACUGGAUCAUAUAUAUAUGAGCAAUUUAUGCCGACAGAUGGCACAGAUGUGAAGGUUUAUACAGUUGGUCCAGAUUAUGCUCAUGCAGAGGCUCGCAAAUCUCCUGCUCUGGAUGGCAAGGUUGAGCGUGACAGUGAAGGAAAGGAAGUUCGAUAUCCUGUCAUACUAAACGCCAGAGAGAAGCUAAUUGCUUGGAAGGUUUGCCUUGCUUUUAAGCAAACAGUUUGUGGCUUUGAUUUACUAAGAGCCAAUGGUCAAUCCUAUGUCUGUGAUGUUAAUGGCUUCAGCUUUGUGAAGAAUUCCAUGAAGUAUUAUGAUGAUUGUGCAAAGAUUUUAGGAAACCUCAUCAUGCGAGAGUUAGCUCCACAAUUUCAUAUCCCAUGGUCUAUUCCUACCGAAGCAGAGGACAUCCCUAUUGUACCUACUACAUCUGGCACCAUGAUGGAGCUUCGUUGUGUGAUUGCAGUCAUAAGGCAUGGGGAUCGAACACCAAAACAGAAAAUGAAAAUGGAAGUGCGGCACCAAAGAUUUUUUGAUCUCUUUGAAAAAUAUAAUGGAUACAAAGCAGGAAAAAUAAAGCUCAAGAAGCCAAAGCAGCUACAGGAAGUCUUAGAUAUAGCGAGGCAUCUUUUGGCAGAAUUGGGACAGAAUAAUGAUUCAGAAAUAGAAGAAAGUAAAGCAAAACUUGAACAACUUAAAACAGUGCUUGAGAUGUAUGGCCACUUUUCUGGAAUAAACCGUAAAGUUCAAUUGACAUAUCUGCCUCUUGGGUGUCCAAAGACUUCAAGCGAAGAAGAUGAAAAGAAGAAGGAAGAACCUUCUCUACUGCUGGUGUUAAAGUGGGGUGGAGAACUGACUCCAGCAGGCAGAGUCCAAGCUGAAGAGCUAGGUCGUGCUUUCAGGUGUAUGUAUCCAGGAGGACAAGGAGAUUAUGCAGGAUUUCCUGGUUGUGGUUUGCUCCGAUUGCACAGUACAUAUCGGCAUGAUUUGAAGAUCUAUGCUUCAGAUGAAGGGAGAGUUCAGAUGACUGCGGCAGCCUUUGCUAAGGGAUUGCUUGCGUUGGAAGGGGAGCUAACCCCAAUUCUUGUGCAGAUGGUUAAAAGUGCUAACAUGAAUGGCUUGUUAGACAGUGACAGUGAUUCCCUGAGUAGUUGUCAGCAGAAAGUUAAAACUCGGCUUCAUGAAAUUCUACAGAAAGACCGAGACUUCACCCUUGAUGAUUACGAAAAGCUUGCUCCAACUAAAAACAGUUCUAUAAUUAAGUCAAUGCAGUUAAUCAAAAAUCCUGUUAAAACCUGUGAUAAGGUCUACACAUUGAUCCAGAGCUUGACGUCACAGAUUAGGCAGAGGAUGGACAACCGUAAAUCAGCUGACAUUCAGCUUUAUCAUGGUGAAUCACUUGAACUGAUGCUUAGAAGAUGGGCUAAAUUAGAAAAAGAUGUUAAAAUGAAGAAUGGUCGUUAUGAUAUAAGUAAAAUUCCUGAUAUUUAUGACUGUAUUAAAUAUGAUGUUCAACACAACAGUUCCCUAAAACUGAAUGAUAUGAUGGAACUGUAUCAAUUAUCAAAGUCGUUGGCUGACAUUGUUAUACCUCAGGAAUAUGGAAUUACCAAGGCUGAGAAAUUGGAUAUUGCCAAAGGAUAUUGUACUCCUUUGAUAAGAAAAAUACGUUCGGACUUGCAGAGAACUCAGGAUGAUGACACUGUUAACAAGCUGCAUCCACUAUACUCGAGAGGAGUGAUGUCCCCAGAACGACACGUUCGCACUCGGUUGUAUUUUACGAGUGAGAGCCAUGUACAUUCGCUUCUUUCUAUACUGCGCUACGGUGCCCUUUGUAACGAGAUUAAAGAUGAACAGUGGAAAAGGGCAAUGGGCUAUCUAAACUAUACCAGUGAACUUAAUUACAUGACACAGAUUGUUAUCAUGUUGUAUGAAGACCCAAAUAAGGAAAUUACUUCAGAAGAGAGAUUUCACGUUGAAUUGCACUUCAGUCCUGGUGCUAAAGGCUGUGAGGAAGAUAAAAAUCUUCCAUCGGGUUUUGGAUACAGACCAGCAUCUCGUGAGAGUGACACUGGAUCCAAAAUCUUCCUGAAUAUUGACAAUGAUGAUGACUCCGUUUCAAGCAGGGAAGUUGCUGAAAAGUCAACAGUGGCGUUCAGGCCAAUGGUCUCAGAUCCCAUUUAUAUACAUCGAAAAUCCCCACUGCAAAGGUCCAAGAAAAUAGGCUCUGUGGAACAUCGCAUCAGAAGAGAUGACACCUGGGAACCAACAUGUCUUCAGAGAGAUCAAACCUCUUUAUCCUCUUUCACUUUAGGCACAAAACAGGAAGAGAGCCCCCUGAGUCUGUCUAGCCCAGAGUGUAGUGGUACCUGGAUGCAUUACACUAGUGGUGUGGGUGCUGGGCGUCGAAGACGCAGAUCAGGGGAACAAAUCACUUCUUCCCCUGUCUCCCCCAAAUCAUUGGCUUUCACAUCAAGUAUUUUUGGCUCAUGGCAACAGGUGCUUCCAGAAACCAGUACUAUUAUGCGAGGUGGAAGAUCCUAUUCAGAACAGAAAUACAGUGGGCUUGGGUCUCACUGUGCAGGCCUGUUUAGCACUACUGUGCUGGGGGGUUCCUCGAGUGCACCUAACCUACAGGAUUAUGCUCGUGCGCAUCGUAAAAAGCUGACAUCAUCUGGCUGCUUUGAUGACGCCACAUGCAGUUCUGCUGUAAAAAGAUUUUCUAUCUCAUUUGCUCGACACCCAACCAAUGGAUUUGAGCUCUAUUCUAUGGUGCCUUCCAUUUGCCCUCUUGAAACCCUUCAUAAUUCACUAUCGCUGAAGCAAGUGGAUGAAUUCCUUACAUCAAUUCCUGAAAGCGAGAGAUCUUCUGAGAUUCCUACUACAUCCUCAGCUUCUGGUAAUAUCAUGUCUCUAGGUAGAAGGAUUUUAAAUACAUAUACUCCUAGAAAGGUACUUCCAGCGCCUCGGGCAUCAGAUCAAGAAAGUAAUAAAUCUACUUCAUUCUCUAGAGGAUCCUCCAAGGAUGUGUCUAUUACUGGGCAGUCUUCAUUGACUGAAAAUUCAUCCUAUGGUCAAAGUGACAAUGGGACAACUUUGUUAAGCACCAAAGACAGACAAAGCUGAUGAAUGAAAUCUACUUGAAGUCAGCUCGUUCAAACCAGUUGUUCAACAUGGAAAUUAAUGGAUAUGUCCAUAAUGAGACUUAAGGAAAUAUAUUCUUCGUUUCAAAUUCUUCAAUAUCCUGCCAUCAAUUAUGUUUAUGCCAAGACAAAUAAUAUGGUUCUAAAAGCAGGAAAUGUCAUAUAUAUAUAUGCCGUUCUAAAAACUAAAGAAUUUUAACGUACACUUAACCAAGGUUGGUGUUGUGUUGGAUUUUUAUUUUGUCCGCUGAUGCAUCAUUUUCUGUAGCUUGGAAUAGAAUCUAAUUGGUGGUGCAAUCUAAUUGAGAAAAGCAAGAAUUCCUUUACAUGGUUAACCUCAAGAACAAUUCAUUUAAUUAAACUUAUUACUUGUUAUUGAAGUAAAAUGUGGCAUUUUCUGUGUUAUAGACUAAAUUAGAUAUUUUCAUCCAAAUCCACUGUUAAAAAGUUGCCUGUUAUUUUUGCAUCAGUAAUAAACAAAACCUCCCAAAUUGAUUUUAUUCUCAUAUCAUUGGGUCCAAGAUAAUGAAUAAAGAAGUAGCAUUGUCCAGGCAAUCCAAUUCUUACAUUCUUCAUUCCAGUUUGUUCCAUUCGGGAUAUCUAUUCAACAUAUACUACAGCUUAGGGUGAAUGGCCCCACGUGAUUUAAUAUCUUGUGCAGAACUUUUAAUUCGGAGUGUAUGGCUGUUAUAGAUAGAAAAGGUUAGUGAACGGCUUGCAUUUCAUGCCCUACAUCAUUCCAAGGAUAUUUUAGAUAUGAUUGGUAGUUGCCAUUCCCUUUCCCUGCUACGUAAAUAGGAUUGUUUGCACCACUUUUUGGGUCACAUUGGUCACAACAAAUUUUUAAGUAGCCAUGUUUGUGCUCAUUUCACUAGCACUGUAAUUUAAACUAUUCUAAUUUUUGCAUCUCAAUUAAAUGUUUUUGUUUUCGACAUAGGCUCACAUCAAAGAAAUAUGUGCAAUUUUUAUGUUUUUUGUCUAUGUAUGUGUAUAUGUAUAUAGAGGGAAAAAAGUGUCUAUUUUCCAUGGUUAAAAUAACUAUUUUGAACUAUGGUACUUGAUGGUAUUUUUAAAGUUAUAUAACAUGUUAAAACUGUCACAAGAUUAUUUUUAUUCUGAAGAAUGCCAGCUAUCUAAAGCUUUUUUUCUGUCGUUUAAAAUAUUGUCUAACUGUACAAACAUGAAGCUUCUCUGGUUCGAGAAUGUUAACUGGAAUUUAUGUUACGUUCCAGAAUUAGCUGUGAAUAAACUGUAUUUGAGAUGUUAUAAUUUUCAAAAUAUAAAUCUGGGUGUAUGUUUUUAUAUGAAAUGGAUUGCAGAUAUGUUUUGUAAAUAAGAUUUUAUGUAUGUAUAGGUCAGUAUUUUCAUUUACAAACAAGCAACAGAGCGCAUUGCUUUCACCUCUACAACUUUGUUGUCUUGUAUUUACAUACUAUGGAAUAAUUUCUCUUGCAGAAAUUUCUGUUUUCAGUGAAGAAUUGAGCAAUGUUACAUUUUCUUUAAACAAGUUAAAGUAUAUAAUAAUAUUUCCGUUGUAACUCAGGAGUCUAUUUCAAUGGUUAAGUAAAGUUUUAAACAAUAAUUUGGUAUAUUCUGUACUACAUAUGCAUUGUACCAAGCUGACUUAAUAAACUGGUGUCUACUGAGUCUA